AUUUUGGCAGCACAAAAGAGGGGGUAUAGGGGCCCAUGGCAGUUUUAGGGGCCCUGGCAGCAGCUAUGGGGGGGCCCGAAAACGCCAGCACCCUAUUUAAAAAAAAAUUGAACACCCCAGCAGUUUUGAGGAGACCUGAAAGCCCCCACAUGUAACAGCAGGGGUGAGGAGACCUGAAAGUGGCACAGGGGGGCAUGAGACACGGGGGACCUGGGCCCAGCACCCCAUUGAGGAUAUCGGAAAAGGGGCCCAUGGCAGAUUGGGGGCCCCUGGCACAGCUAUGGGACCCCGUAAUCUGCCAAAACCCUAUAAACAAAAAAAUGGAACCACCAGCAGUUUUGAGGAGACCUAAAGUGGGCACA